UACUCAAACGAAGAAGAGAAGACGGAAGUAACCCGGAAAUCUUUAUUUUCUUUCAUUUCAUUUCGUUUUCGUCAUAUUUCAUCAUCUUUGGUAAGAUUUUUUGGAGAGUGUCUGCUGUCGAAAAGAGUCCCGGUGCUUCGGGGGUCCACAGAGAGAAUAUCAGCGCGAAGACCGCGUGAUGAAGGCGGCAGAGAGCGAAGAAGUUCCCCGAUAAGAGUCGCUAUGAUUCCGGUGUCGGUGCUGGUGUUUGUCAUGGUCGCUUGGUCCGCGGUGUAUCUGACUGACACCAUCCUCAGGUCUUCAGUCAGUCACAGGAUCAGCUACCAAUCAUGGCUGUCCAGUCGAGGACUCUCCCUGUCUCCGUUCCACCUGCGCUGGCAGACGACCAUGUUCAAUGGACUCUUCUCCUACUGUGCUCGCAUCAGGCCUGGAGCUCUUUAUGUGUGGUUCACCAGUGGUCUGGUGUUUGGAGUGGUGUCCAUGUUGGGCUCCGUGGUUUUGUUGAUCAGGACUCUUCAGCAGACCAUCACUCAGAUGACCACCAACAACCCAGGUGCAGGAGGACAGCAGGCUCUGCAGGUGGUGGUUCCUGGCGUUAACCUGCCCACCAACCAGCUGGGCUACUUCUUCCUGGCUCUGCUGCUCAGUGGGAUUAUACAUGAACUUGGCCACGCGGUGGCAGCACUGAGGGAGCAGGUUCGGGUAAAUGGUUUUGGCCUGUUUGUGUUCGUGGUUUAUCCCGGUGCCUUUGUGGAUCUGUUCACGUCUCAUCUCAACCUCAUCUCUCCCACGCAGCAGCUGCGCAUCUUCUGUGCAGGCGUCUGGCACAACUUUGUCCUGUGUGUGGCAGCGUUGCUCCUGCUCUUCCUGUUGCCUGUUCUCCUGUUUCCUGUUUACUCCACAGGAGGGGGCGCUCUGGUCAUUGAUGUGGUGCAGGGCUCAGCAGCAGACGGCCCUCGUGGUCUUGCAGUUGGAGACCUGGUGACAUCACUGGAGGAUUGUCCAAUCAGAGGAGUCAGCGACUGGAGCAGCUGUUUGUCACAUCUGUCCCACAACCCACAGACUGGAUACUGUGUCCCUCGGGCCAGUCUACAGCCCAGCUGGGCCCACGGACGACCUUUCAAGCGUCUGGAUGGAAGCAUGGACUGUUGUAGCAACAAGAGUCUGACUGACCUGUGUUUCUACUACAGCCCAGACCAGAGCGGUGGAGGCAGAGAGUACUCCUGUCUGCCCGUCCGUAAGAUGGUGUCAGGGUCGCGUUUGUGCAGUACCGACGACGACUGCGUCUCUGACUCUGAGCAUCAGUCCAGCGUGUGUGUGACUCCGUCACUGGAGAACCAGACGCGCUUCAUCAGGGUCGCACACCCGCCUCACACCCACAUGCUGUUUGUGGGCUACCCCCCACACCUGCAGUACGCUGUGAGUUUGACGAACUUUGUUCCUCGCUUCAGUUUCCUUCACCUGGACCUGCCCGUCUUUUUGGAGACGUUUUGCAAGUACCUGCUGUCGCUGUCCGGAGCCCUGGCCGUCGUCAACUCGGUUCCAUGUUUUGCUCUGGAUGGUCAGUGGAUCCUGAACGCUCUCCUCGAGGCUACGCUAGCGUCGGUGGUUUCGGACCCUCAGAGACGUGAGAUGAUUGGUUUCUUCCUACUGCUGGGGGGCAGUGCUCUGCUCGCUGCCAACGUGGCUCUGGGUCUCUGGAUGGUCACGGCCCGGUAACAGUAGAAAACUGAACACGGGCAACAAAGUAAAGCGGACCAUCAAACGGUGAAAAGGGACCAAAACUCAGUCAUCCAGCAGAACCGCUAAAUGUCCAGAGGUUUUUGACCAGUGGAUCGGGACUUUGUUGGUCCGGUCCUGACCGGACCAACAAAGGUUCACUGCUUCUAUUUGAAGCUGCCAAAAACACACUACACUGUCUGUGGUGACUGAACAGACUACGAUGGAGCUUGGACAGUUCCAUGGUACCGUUACUGGGAGUAGGACAUUUCUUACUUUUACUUUUACUUAUUCUUUCAGUAAACACGACUCGGGAGACGUGAACACGAAUCAGGAAAGGUAAACGUGACUCGGGGAAAAAAAACACGACUCAGCCGAAGUCCAAAUUUGAGUUCAUCUCUUGCCGAUUCCUCAAAUAUACAACUUAAUUUGAAGUUUCAGAGAAAAAGCACAAAAAGAAAUUGAAGGAAAAAAAAUGAAGGGAUACAAAUGAUUGGUUUUUUACUGCAUGAAAUAAUGAAAUAAUGAAAGCCAUGUUUUAAAAUUCUGCAGCUGUGGUUGUGACUAAGUGUAAAAUUCCAACGUGGAAUAAAAAUGUUUGGGUUUUUUUCAGCUGUU